GCACGCACGCACGCACGCACGCACGCACGCACGCACAGUGGGAGUAGUGUACAGCAGAUGGACAGGAUGGGCUCACAAGUCACUCAGCGCAGUGUGUGUGUGUGUGUGUGUGUGUGUGUGAUGGGGGGAGUUGUAAACUGGCCUGGGUUUCCUAUGUUUUCCAUUUCCCUCAAAGAGCUCCUCCCCCAUCCCUGUGCUCAUGGUUAAUGGUUACUGCCCAGUUGUCUGUCUUCAUGUGGCUGUGCUCCCAGUGCCCCCCUCCCAGUCCCUGUGCUCAUGGUUAAUGGUUACUGCCCAGUUGUCUGUCUUCAUGUGGCUGUGCUCCCAGUGCCCCCCUCCCAGUCCCUGUGCUCAUGGUUAAUGGUUACUGCCCAGUUGUCUGUCUUCAUGUGGCUGCUCUCCCAGUGCCCCCCUCCCAGUCCCUGUGCUCAUGGUUAAUGGUUACUGCCCAGUUGUCUGUCUUCAUGUGGCUGCUCUCCCAGUGCCCCCCUCCCAGUCCCUGUGCUCAUGGUUAAUGGUUACUGCCCAGUUGUCUGUCUUCAUGUGGCUGCUCUCCCAGUGCCCCCCUCCUGAGGAAGAGAUAUCCUCGGGUCAUUGAAUGCUUUACUUGAGAACAUACAAAUGGCCUGACGGCGACCCCUGCUGGUGAACUUGUGUGGUGCGACUUCAUGAUGAUAACGUUAACUAUAAAGUCUCGUAUGUGUACCGGCAUUUACCAUCUUUAAGGUGUUUGCAUCUUGGCUAGAGUAAAAAAUUACAAACACUUACAGGUUAUAUUUUAAUGGUUACUGCCCAUUGUCUGUCUUUCUGUCUGUCCCCCCCUUUCCUCUCUGCCUGUCUGUCUUUCUGUCUGCCCUGUCUCUCUGCCUGUCUGUCUGUCUGCCCAUUGCCUCGCUGCCCAUCUGUCUGUCUGCCCUGUCUCUCUCUGCCUAUCUGUCUGUCUGCCCUGUCUCUGUGCCCGUCUGUCUGCCCUGUUCUCUGCGUGUCUGUCUGUCUGCCCUGUCUCUGUGCCCGUCUGUCUGCCCUGUUCUCUGCGUGUCUGUCUGUCUGCCCUGUCUCUGUGCCCGUCUGUCUGCCCUGUCUCUGUGCCCGUCUGUCUGCCCUGUCUCUCUGCGUGUCUGUCUGUCUGCCCUGUCUCUGUGCCCGUCUGUCUGCCCGUCUGUCUGCCCUGUCUCUGUGCCCGUCUGUCUGCCCGUCUGUCUACCCUGUGUCUGUCCGUCUGGAUCAGGGGGUCCAUGAGGCCGGGGGUGUGACAGACUCCUACCUGGGUCUGGAGACUCUGAUCCAGAAGGCCGUCUCUCCCUACCUGGGGACGCACGGCCUGUUCUCUGCCGACCAGGGCACUGCGCAGCAGGACUCCUGCUGCAUUCUGGAUAAGCACAUAAGGCGUCGUCUGCCCGGGGGCCCCCCCGGGGCCAAGAGCCCGGUGGUCCGCUCUCAGAGCUACAACGUGCCGCUGCUGCCCCCCGUGGUGGAGCAGGACGCGGACCCCCCCGCCGGCCCUGCCGCCGUCCGCCGCCACUCCGUCUGCCAGAUGACUUCCUGCUUGGAGGAAUGCAGCGCCCCGCCCGAACCCACGGGCAACGCCACUGGCAGUAGAACCAGCAACCAAACCAGCAAGUGUGCCUCAUCCAACGAGCUGCCUGCCCCAGAGCACGGACGGCCAGGUUCCCUGUCAUUGGUCGGGAGCUGGGGGAGGCAGAGCUCCGAAGCAACCCGCGGGGACGACCUGCCCUCCGACCUCCAGGGCCCCGCCCCCUCACCCUGCCUCCUCCCCUCCCCCUCCCCCUGCCACACAGGCUCCUCCCUGGGCUCCCCCUCCUCCUCCUUCUCCUCCUCCUCCUCCUGCUGCAGGGUGCGACUCCCCCCCACCCCCCCCCCUUGGCUCGGAGACGGAGGUGGGCGGGAUCUUCCUGGACUUCUCCAACCGCCGACGCUCCACCUACAGCAACGACAGCGGCAGCCAGGGUGUGGUGUGACACACACACACACACACACACACACACACACACACACACACACACACACACACACACACACACAAAUGAACACGUGGACACACACACACACACACACACACAAAUGAACACGUGGACACACACACACACACACACACACGCUCAGGAUUCUUCGGAGGGAUGGGGCAAAUAAUUGUCUCCGCUAUAAUGUGACGUUAUUAACAUAGUUUCAUUUUGUGGUCUCCACCACUAGAGGGCAGCAGGCUUCCUUCCUGUCUGUCGACAUGAAGCCGACAUAAAGAUUAGUGCCAGAGACUAAAACAGGUCUAUAAUGUACUAUAGUCUAUUCUACUGAUGUAAUAUAUAAUGGUAAACCAGGUCUAUAAUGUACUAUAGUCUAUUCUACUGAUAUAAUAUAUAAAGGUAAAACAGUUCUAUAAUGUACUAUGGUCUAUUCUAUUGUUAUAUAAUAUGUAAUCGUAAACCAGGUCUAUAAUGUACGAUAGUUUAUUGUACUGUUAUAUAAUGGUAAACAAGGUCUAUAAUAUACUAGUCUAUUCUACUGUAAUAUAAUAUAUAAUUUACUAUAGUCUAUUCUACUGUAAUAUAAUAUAUAAUGUACUAAAGUCUAUUGUACUGUUAUAUAAUAUAUAAUGGUAUCAAGAUGUUUUCAUAGGACGAUUUAUAUCCUGCUGAUGGGCACAGUAGGGAAAACAGAAUAUUAUGGGAUGUAUUUGCACUAUUAUUUAGCAAGGUGAAUCAUUGUCCGUCAUGAAGCAUUAAUCUUGGUGGGGGUCUUUAUAUUAACAUGUCAGUCUUUAUAUAUGAUAUAUAUGGGAGAAGGGGGAGAAUUAACACGGUUUUGUCCCUAUUUUUGGCUUCAAGGGAUGGUUAUAAAAGCAAAGGGACAAAAUGGCCUAUUAUGUCUUUGACAUGCUCACAAUUUUAUAAUAUAUUUAUAGAUUUAUGGAACAUUUUUUUAAUUCAAAAAUGGAAAUAAAGAAUUAGAUUGAAAGACCUGUUUGAAGUGUUUUAUAUUGCCAGGGAGAACGGAUAGAAAAGGCCUGGCACUAACCCUGUACCAGUGACCUAAACAAACUCUGUUAACGUUACUUAUUUAACACCAGACAGAAGUCUGCAGACACUGCCGCCCUUUGGACACUUUUUUCAUUACAACAUGACUAUGGGCAAAUCAUUUAAUAUUAAUUAUAAAAGUACAAUAUUUACUAAUUACAAAAGCCAAUUUUAAUACCGUUAAAGUUUUUUAACCAAACUUUGUACCUCUAUAUUCUUUCUGCUGCUGUAAAAAAGAUAAUAAAAUGUUUUUGCAGUGUGCAAGGUUAACAACCAAAAAUGGCAUCCACAUACGUUCAAUAUAUUUUACUCUGAAACCAACAGGUUGCAUGUAUCAGCACGGUACAACAUUGAGAUCCAGUGUGUCUACAUUCAACUUUUACGAAAUUUGAAACAGAUUUUUCUUUAUCACAAACAUAGAGCCACCAUACGAGACCACAGUUAACCAGCGAGACAGCAAAACUUAGUGUGUUUCCUCAUUCACAUGAAACCAGAUAACUGAACUGGCUUUUUCUGAAAAACCCACAUCAUGAAAACAGUCUGACACACUUCUUCCUGGACCUACAUGCAAAUCAGCAGGAUGAGAUCAUUUGGCUUUCAACUGAACGAAACCAACCUUUUAUCCAAGGUUAAGAAAAAGGCCUUAUCUCUCUAUAUCUCUCUCGUAUCAUUUGCGUCAGGUCAAUAUCUACCGACUU